AUGCAGGGUAUAGUACUCACCAUCCUUCUUAUGAUCUUUAUGCUGAUUGCUUCACCUUGUUCAUGUGCAAGAACACAAGUUUUCGAUGUCGUUCGUUAUGGAGCUUUUGGCAAUGGAAAAACUGAUGAUAGCCAAGCUUUUCUAAGAGCUUGGAGCGAUAUGUGUAAAGCAAGUCGGGCUCGAGGUAUCCCAACGCUCGUAAUACCGAGGGGAAAGGUGUUCCAGUUGAAACCUGUGGCUUUCCUAGGCCCUUGCAACUCCAACAUUGUUCUUGUACUGGUUGAAGGGACAAUUAUUGCACCAGUAAAUACUCAGGAAUGGAAGGACAAAUCUAUGUGGAUUCAAUUCUCAAACGUAAAUGGCCUUUCCAUCACUGGGAAUGGAAAUAUUGAUGGCCAGGGUUCUGUUUGGUGGAAAUCUUGCUUUCCCAACAAGGCUCUUCAUUUUAAUAAUUGCAAUGGUCUCCAACUAACUAAAUUAAGGCAUCUCAACAGUCCAAGAAAUCACAUAAGCAUAAGUAGCUGCAAUGGCGUCCACAUUUCUCAUCUUAAUAUUUUUGCACCUGAGGAAAGUCCAAACACCGAUGGUAUUGACAUCUCUACUUCGCGCAAUAUCGAAAUCAAUAAUUCCGUGAUUCAAACAGGUGAUGAUUGCAUUGCUAUCAAUGAAGGCUCGUCGUAUAUUAACGUAUCUAGUGUUGCAUGUGGACCGGGCCAUGGAAUAAGCAUUGGAAGCCUUGGACAAAAUGGAAAAUACGAGACAGUAGAAGAAGUGCACGUCCGAGAUUGCAAUUUCACGGGAACACAAAAUGGAGCAAGAAUCAAGACAUGGAAGGGUGGAAGUGGGUAUGCUAGGAAGAUCACUUUUGAAAAUAUCAGAGUCCGAAAUUCCCAAAAUCCCAUCAUUAUUGACCAGAACUACGACCCUUUUGGCACGAAUGCCGGUAGCCAGAAAGCAGUGAAGGUGAGCGACGUGACAUUCAAAGAUGUGCGAGGAACAGCUGCUAAAGAGUUAGCAAUUGAUCUGACUUGCAGCCAGGGCAUGGGAUGCACCAACAUUGUAUUGGAUGAAAUUGACAUACAGUCAUCCAUUCCUGGAAAGAGGACUUAUUCCCACUGCGACAAUGUCCAUGGAACAGCCAGAGCCUGCAAUCCUGCUGUUCCAUGCGUAGCUAGUUCAUGAUUUAUUGUGUAGUGGCCGCCACCCCAUGCAUUGCGAUAUGCACACAUUCCUUGUCAGGCGUAGCUAGCUAGUUCGUGAAUUUUUGCGCAGUGGCCACCCCAUGCAUUGCGAUAUGCACACAUUCCUUGUCAGGGCAGUAGUGGUUCAGAUUCUUUGAGAAUUGAAAUGGCAUUACAUUUCAGCUUCCUAUUGUGCAUCAGAAUAUAUCCCCAAAAAUAUUAUUCCUAUUGUGCA